UAAAUUGUGCGCAAAUAAUCUUGUGAGUUUUUUUUUUUUCAAUUAAAAAUUAAUCUGUGCUAGAAGAUAUAAACGAUUGUGAAGCAUAUUAAAAAGACAUUUGCAUAACAAAUUAGUGCGUUUAUUUGAGAAGAAAACAAAGUCAAAAUGUUUUUAUCGUGAGAUUUCUUCAGCCGCUCCAUUGAUAUUGGACCUAGCCAAUUAUUGUGCGCAAUAAGUGACGAAGCAAACUUAACUUUGAUUUAUGAAUUUUAACAGAAUUUAACAACGAAGACAAAAAUCAAAGCGGCAACACAUUUGCUACAGUUAAUACUAAUAUAAGAUAAGAUAAUGAAUCCAUUAUGCAAAGUUUGUGGUGAUCCGGCGGCCGGGUAUCAUUUUGGAGCAUUUACAUGUGAAGGAUGUAAGUCAUUUUUUGGUCGGGCCUGUAAUAAAUCGCAAACAAUUCCAGAAUGCAAGAAAAAUAGUAAAUGUGUCAUCAAUAAAAAUACACGAACAACAUGUAAGGCGUGUCGUUUAAAGAAAUGCAUUCAGGUUGGUAUGUCCAAGGGUGGCUCAAAGUUUGGUCGCCGAUCGAAUUGGUUCAAAAUCAAUUUUCUGCUGGAGGAAAAACAAAAGGCAUCAAUGAAAUUGAAUAACAUAAGCGAACAAAUGAAAUCAGUUACGGAAAAUAGCUUGUUUACGCAGGCAUCUGCGUUAUUUCCAAAAUUUUCACAACAAAAUCAACAGCCAUCACCCUCAUCGACAUCAUCAUCAAAUAGCUUAGACAUGGCAUCAUCCAUUCCAUCGUACGCAAAUUUUCCAAGAAAUCAUGACCUAUCGCUGCAAUCAAAUCCAUUUUAUUCGGCCGCAAUGCAAUAUCCAUUGCACCCGGCAUUGCUUCAAACGGCAAUUGAAGGAUUGUCGGCAUUUUAUUUUAAUCAAAAUAUAUUACAACAACAGCGAAACGAAUCGGUAUCAAGUAAUGCAAGCAAUGAUGAAACCGAUUCGGAUUCAGCAUCAAAUGGUGGUGCUCAACAACACAAUACCAACGCAUCAAAUUUAAGAAUAUCCACCUCACCAACACCAUCAACUUCAUCGUCUAGCGAUAAUCAAGACUGUCCAAUGGAUUUGAGCAUCAAAUCGACACCUCGUCAAAUUGAUUUCUCAAUAUCAAGUCUACUGAAAAUUCCAAAAAUACCCACAGCCUAAAAUAAACUAGACUACGUAGAUAUUUUAAUUUUACACUUAUUUUGUUGAUGUUUUUAUUUCUUCUUAGGCAUUUCACAUGAUAUUGUUACAUUUAAAUGAAAGAAUUUACCGAAUGGGGGGAAUCGAUAUUUUUUAUACAUUUAUCUAAAGUUUGAACCAUUUAGAGCGAUAAAUAUAUAAUGAAUACCUUUAAAAUAUUUUUGCGAUAUACCGUAUGUACUAAUUACAAAAAUGUGCCCGAACAAUUGCAAACUUAAAACAAAAUAUCGUUACGCAUCUCAGAAUCUGCAUUAUCUGAAAUGCAAUUGAAAAUAAUUUGUUUGGAAAAUGUAUAGUUUAAUAGGC